UAUAUUCUACAGUUUGUAGGAAGUGUGAGAGCACCGAAGCGGAUUGUGAACGUCCAUUCUAUGAGUGUGUAGCUGUAGAAAGAAUUUUUCUAUGAGAAAAUCAAAUCAGGAGACUGCAGAUCGUAUGAAAAAGUCCGGCGAUAACAUGGUGAAAGUUCGUACACGGAAUAUAUCAACCGUAACAUCUGGCAAAGAAAUUAUUCCAUUAAUGAAGAGAGAAACAAAUACAAAUGGCUUUAAAAGAAGACAGCGUAAUGCUCUCAAUGGAAUGCAAUCAAUCUCUAAUGAACAAGUGUCUUCUGCGUGUAUAACUGCCUUCUUUCCUAUAAAGGUUGCAAAUAUUACAAAUGUAAAUACUACUAAGGAAUCUUCCAAGGAUGUAGAUGUAAUGACGGGGCAUUGUUUUCUUACCAAAGAAGAAACUAUUUCUAUAAGUGUUGUAGAAGAAAUUGUAACAGAUGUUGGUGAAUUUAAAACAGAUGAAACACCUGUAGCAGUGCCAAUUCAUGGACCUUCAACACCACAUAGAAUAAAUAUGCCAAAUAGUCAUGUAGAAGAAACUGAUAGUAGAGACAUAAUUAAUGGAAGAAAUAAAGGACUUGUUGCCACGUGUACUCCUCCUCAACACCUUGCACGCAAGCCUGCUCGUAGAAAAUUGACUCAGAGUCAAAAUAAUGCUCAACGAUCAGUGCAUUCAUCUGUUAUAGAAGGCACAAAUCAUACGCUUGCAGAAUAUUUUCCAGUACGUCGGAGUGUAAGAAAAUCUAAGAAAGCUGUAUUAGAAGAAAAACAAAGAGACAUAGAAGCAAAAGUUUUGCAACAAGUUGAGGAAGGUUUAGAAGUCAGAUAUUUUCCUGGUAAAGGACGCGGGGUAGUAACUACACGUUCUUUUAUGAAAGGAGAAUUUGUAGUAGAAUAUAUUGGUGAAUUAAUUGAUCAAGUCAUAGCAAAGAAACGUGAGAAAAUCUAUGCACAAGAUCAAAAUGCUGGAUGUUAUAUGUAUUAUUUCCAGCAUCGUAAUCAUCAGUAUUGUGUUGAUGCUACAGCAGAAACAAAAAAGUUGGGCAGGUUGGUAAAUCAUUCCAGAAAUGGAAAUUUAAUUGCAAGGAUCGUUGAAGUAGAAUCAACACCACAUUUAGUACUUACAGCAAAAGAAGAUAUACCAAUUGGAGUAGAAGUUACAUAUGAUUAUGGUGAUCGAAGUCGAGAAGCUAUUCGUCAUCAUCCAUGGUUAGCUUUAUAGCACUUUAAAAUUACAUUUUAUAUCGUAACAAUGUAUUGAUAACGAUCUAUGUUGUUACUCCCACAAAAUAACUUAUUAUCCCAUGUAGUAUAUAUUUUCAAUGCCUGACUAUGUGCUGCAUUUAUGCAGGAUAUUAGUAUACCAAGUAUGCUUAUGUAUUAGGUCGUGUAUUGAUUUAGGAAAAAAAUGCAUUAUUACAAGACAUCUAUUAUGAAUUGCAUAAUUUAAAUGUAACUAAUAUUUUUUUCUAGAACUGAUAUCAACAAAUUAUAUUAUCUUAAUGAAUUAAAGCAUUGUCUAGUUGAAGUAUCUUAUGACGAAUAUGAAAGUGUUUAUAAGAUAAUAUAAUCAUUGAAAAAAGUUGUUGAUUUAUGUGUUUUUCACUUUAGGAAUGAUCAUGUCUAAUUUUCAAAAGUAUUUAUAUAUUGAAGUAAGUUUAGUUAUUUUGUUUUGGUUAAUUAAUGGUUAAAAAAAUUAUUAAGUUAUAUAUUUGAUAUAAUUAUAAUUAGAUUAGAUUCAAUCAUAUAAAUAUUGCACAAAGAUGUAUUAAAUUAAAAAAUGAUUCUAAGCAGUAUAUCAUUUUUAUGACUCUG